AUGAUUUAGUGACAUAUCUAUUUAUUUAAAUAUGUUUUAGAUGCUAUAUUGUUUUUGUUGUUUUACCAGUUUUAGAAUGUUUUAAAUAUUUUUUAUUUCAUUUUUAAAUGCAUUUUUAUGACAGAGGUUUUUGCCACCCUAGGUUCCUUUGGGAGGAAGGUUGGGAUAUAACUUAAAUAAAUACAUACAUUAGUACUACUGUACUGCUAUGCCUUAUUAGUUGCAUCUCACAAUCCAGUUUAACUCACAAAUAUUAGUAACCUUCACAGUACGGUAUUAAUAAUGAUGGGCUGGAUGGACAAGUAGGCUUCCUAUCACUAGAGUAGGAAAGAAGAGAGCUCUUGUUUAAUUUUCAAUUUACACUGGUACCUCUGGUUAAGAACUUAAUUCGUUCCGGAGGUCCGUUCUUAACCUGAAACUGUUCUUAACCUGAGACGCCAGAUUUAACUAAUAGGGGACUCCUGCUGCUGCUACGCUGCCGAAGCAUGAUUUCUGUUCUCAUCCUGAAGCAAAGUUCUUAACCCGAGGCACUAUUUCUGGGUUAGGGAAGUCUGUAACCUGAAGCGUUUGUAACCUGAAGCGUUUGUAACCUGAGGUAUUUAUUUGUUAUUAUUUAUGCUCCACCUUUUGGGAAUGCAGAUCCAUUUCAGGCAGUUUACGAAUACAUUAAGCUACAUUUUAAGUAACCGCAGUUAACAAUGCUGUUGGUGUUAAAAUGUAGUCUUCCCUGCCAAAAGGGUGGUUGCAGUUAAAAAGAACACACAAACAUACACACAGUCAUAAAGAGCAUGGAGGGAAAUGGAUACAAGAGGGAAAUUAGUCUGACGAUGCCAGAACAAAUAAAUGAGCUGCAAAAUAAGUUCUUUAACCAGUUGCUGCCAGGCUGACCUUCCUGAUGGUCUUGACUGGAUAAAAGUGCUGCAACUGACCCAGUGGACCUUGAUCCCCUGGCCGGUGUUGGAGGCUAUAGUAUGCAUCAGGGCAACUGGAACAGAGCCACCUUCUUUAAGAAAGAUGCAACAGAAUGAGAUGGCAGAAUGGACUAUAUCUCUUCAAACUGCAUUAAAAUUGGGGUGAGCUUUCUAGUUGAAUUCAGUAGUAGAUCACCAGGGGGUUUGGGUUGGGUGUUCAUCAAUAUGCGGAUGAUACCCAGCUCUACCUCUCUUUUAAAUCAGACCCAGUGAAGGCGGUGAAGGUCCUGUGGGAGUGUCUGGAGGCAGUUGGAGGAUGGAUGGCGGCUAACGGAUUGAGGUUGAAUCCUGACAAGACAGAAGUACUGUUCUUGGACAGGGGGCAGGCUGGUAUGGAGGACUCCCUCAUCCUGAAUGGGGUACCUGUGCCCCUGAAGGACCAGGUGCGCAGCCUGGGAGUGAUUUUGGACUCACAGCCGUACAUGGAGGCGCAGGCUACUUCUGUGUCCAGAGCAGCUGUCUACCAGCUCCAUCUGGUACGCAGGUUGAGACCCUACCUGCCCACAGACUGUCUUGCCAGAGUGGUGCAUGCUCUAGUUAUCUCCCGCUUGGACUACUGCAAUGCACUCCAUGUGGGGCUACCAUUGAAGGUGACUCGGAAACUGCAAUUAAUCCAGAAUGCGGAAGCUAGACUGGUGACUGGGAGUGGCUGCCAAUACCAUAUAACACUGGUCCUGAAAGAUCUUCAUUGGCUUCCAGUACGUUUCCAAGCACAAUUCAGAGUGUUGGUGCUGACCCUUAAAGCCCUAAAUGGCCUCAGUCCUGUAUACCUGAAGGAGCAUCUCCACCCCCAUUGUCCAGCCCGGACACUGAGGUCCAGUGCUGAGGGCCUUCUGGCAGUUCCCUCGCUGCGAGAAGCGAGGUUACAGGGAACCAGGCAGAGGGCCUUCUUGGUAGUGGCGCCUGCCCUGUGGAAUGCCCUCCCAGCAGAUGUCAAGGCAAUAAGCAACUGUUUUACUUUUAAAAGACAACUGAAGGCAGUUUAAAAGUUGUUUAAAAGAAAACUGUUUAGGGAAGUUUUUAAUGUUUGAUGUUGUAUUGUUUUUAAUAUUUGGUUGGAAGCCGCCCAGAGUGGCUAGGGAAACCCAGCCAGAUGGGUGGGUUAUAACUAACAAUUUUAUUAUUAUUAUUAUUAUUAUUAUUAUUAUUAUUAUUAUUAUUAUUGGCACAGGAUUCCACCCUUAAAAUCAUUAAUGCACUGGCAGCUGUAUUAUUUGAAACAGAACUUUCUCUGUGUUUUCUUGAGAAAUUGUUUAAGCAAAGGUAGCUGGCUGCACACAAAGUGCUGUCGAAUGUACAAAGAGAAGAUAGGGGGAAAAGAAAGCAACACCCCUUCACCCCCAGUUAAAGCACAGUUAUCAAAGCUAUUGUAUGUCUAGAAUUUACAACAUUUGCGUAUGGCACCAUAUUUUCCUGUAGGAGAUUUUCUUUUUAAAGGUGUUUUUUAAAGUACCUUUCAGUACUUUAAUGAAACACUGAAUCAUAGUUAUUUGACCUUUACAAAAGGUCAGAAUUACAUCUGCUUUUAUUUUAUAAAAAAGGCCAUUUAAAUGUAAUAGAAGUGAGAGUUACAAUAUACCAUGGAGGUAAAGGUUAUGGGGUACAUUAAUUGUGUUUCUGUAUUCUUCAUUAUGACAGUUUCUUGAAAUGUCCGUUCCUUUGUGCAAAUGCUGAAAAUAAUUAAAACUCUGAUAAGUGCUUCUAAACUUAGUUAAAAUACUUCCCUGAUCAGAGAUUUAUGAACUGUGUUGUGGAGACUUGACACCUCCAUUUGUUUCCCAGAUUUGGCCAAUAGCAUCCUUUACAGUAUUAUGAAACUUAAUUGAAAGAGUACAGUUACACCUUUAAGAUGAACUGAAAUUAUUUUACUGAAACAGCAUGAGCUUUUGUAGGCAAUUACCUACUUCAUCAGAUGCUAGAGUGGAACUGAUUAGAAAUUAGUUCUUAUUAGAAAGAAGAUCCUUUCUGCCCAUGACAUUUCACACUGCUUUAGCCAAGACAAAAUGUGUGCUCUGGGGAGUCCUGGUAACUUGCUAAAAAGUGAGUGCAAACUACAGGCCCUGACCAAUGCAAGUCAUGAAUUUAUUAACCAACUUUAGUUGAUUUUCCAGUUAGAAUGUUAGACCACAUGGAACCACACAAGGUUCAAGAAGUGACAGAAUUUUGUAUAGCUACCGGUAUUUCUAUGUAUGGACACUAUUCUGCCCUCUUGAGAAUGAAUAGAGGAAGGGAGGCAAAUAUACCAUCAGGGCCUCUGCCAGUCCCUCUGCCACAGGGCGAAGGAAUAUCACCUGCACUGUGAAAAAGAAGAAGAGGGCUGGGAGAGGGAGUUUGUGGUGUUUUUUUUUUUUACCAUCUGCUGACCACUGGAUGGGAGAAUUGUAAGCCUCCCUGACUGCCGUGUCAAAAACCUAGUGUAUCAAAUAAUAAAUAAAUAAUAUUUUCAACCUGCAGAUGCUCUAUUAUAGGUCAUUCAGUGGCCUAUAGCUUUAGCACAUCAUAGGAAAAUUAAAACAAUAACUUUAGCUUCCAUGCAAAUUAAUGUGUUUUCCCAUUUGUGGAAUAGCCUCCAUGGAAUUCUAUAUACUAAGAGUGAAGUCAUUCUUCAUGAAUGGAUCCAAAUGUGGUCAAAAUGGUACCUCCUAUGUAUAAGAGGAAGGUGUCAGAAGACUUGAGGGAACCCCAUGGUAUGCAGAACUAGAGAAAAGCUUCACAGGGCAGGGAGAGAACUCUAAAACAGUCCAGUAAAGGCUAAGCAAAUGUAGAAUGGUGCUGAAAUACAGCAUCCCAGAAGAGGGCGUGGCUGGCUGGCCGCAUCCUUGAACAGUGAGGAUUCUACAUGUAUUACUUGGAUGCCCAGCAUGGUUAGCAUCCUAGGCAUGUGCCUUAACCCUUUGCAUCUUUUAGCUUCACUCCCCAGGUGAUUGUGAAAAGCGGUAGGGCUUCAUAAGCACAUCAGAAGAAGCAAAACUUGGUGCAUGCUAGCUGCCCUUGCUAAUAGAAAAAAUUGCCUUCAGUGACUGGAAGGUAUAAGAAUGCUGAGUAACAACAUAAGGAAAGACCUGCCAGGAAGCUAACAGUACAGUGGAACCUCGGUUUAUGAACACCUCGGUUUACAAAUUUUCGGUUUAUGAACGCCAUGGACCCAUCUGGAACGGAUUAAUUCACUUUCCAUUACUUUCAAUGGGAAAGUUCGCUUCAGUUUAUGAACGCUUCAGUUUAUGAACAGACUUCCGGAACCAAUUAUACCCAUGCUUCGGGUUAAGUACGCUUCAGGUUGAGUAUACCGCGGACCCAUCUGGAACGGAUUAAUUCACUUUCCAUUACUUUCAAUGGGAAAGUUCUCUUCAGUUUAUGAACGCUUCAGUUUAUGAACAGACGACCGGAACCAAUUGUGUUCAUAAACCGAGGUUCCACUGUAACUGCAAGCAUGCAUAUUGGUCAACUCUAAUUGAAUUCAUUUUUCCAAUUUAACAACUGAAGAAGAAGUACAGUAGAUUAGGAAAAAACUAGAACAUGGGACUUUUUAUUUGGAGUUUCCCCCAAGUUUGCAAUGAGUAAAAUGCCUUUUAAGAUUUUCGCUAGAAUGUAUAAUAUGAAGGGUUUUAUGUAAGUCAAUUUUCAGCAUUAGAGAAUAAUAAAUUCCAUAUCUACUAUAGAUAUAUAUGUCAUUCAAAUCCAUUACCUUUUCUGCACCUAAAGGGUGCUUCCAUUUUCAUAAGAGGCAAAAAUGUCCUUGAUUGCUUCUGAAGUGCUGUUUGUCUUUGGAUAAACUUGGAUCUAAUUUAAGAUAUGCUGGAAGCAAGUGUCCUAUGUCUGUCCUUUUGACCUGACUUCUUUCUUGGAAAUGACCUUUUUACCUCUCCUCAAAUCCAUUGUGACAGGGCACCCUGCUACAUACUCUGAAACAAGCAGCUCCUUGUCCUGCCUUGCUGGAGGAUAAAAUGGUCAGAAGGCACUGCAAGCCUAUACAGUAUAUGUUUUUAUGGGAGUAAGUUCCAUUAAAGAGCAUGGGUCUUCUGAGUAAGCCUAUGUAGGAUUGCUCUGUAAUAGUGCAAUCCUAUUACUAUGUCUGCUACUUAAGUAUGAAGUAAGACUAACUUCAAGAUAUCCAAGUCUUCUGUAAAUGUUAGUAUUUAUAAUUCAAAUUGCAGAAGAGCUAAACAUAUACUCCUAGCCCAGAACUUCCAGGCAUACCGUAAGCAACUUAAUCAAUUAAAUACUUCUCUUGUGGAAGCAAUCAUUUUGUAAAGGUAUAGGAUUGCAGCCUAAAUUUCAUAAACAUACCAAAUAGUACAAUUUUAUUUUAAAAACAUUGAAAAUUAUGCAACUACAGUCAUACCUCGGUUUAAGUAUGCCUCGGUUUGAGUAUUUUCAGUUUAAGUCCUCCGUGGACCUGUCUGGAACAGAUUAAUCCACUUUCCAUUACUUUCAAUGGGAAAGUUCGCUUCAGGUUAAGUACGGACUUCCGGAACCAAUUACACUCAUACCUCAGGUUAAGUACGCUUCAGGUUGAGUACUCCGCGGACCCGUCUGGAACGGAUUAAUCCACUUUCCAUUACUUUCAAUGGGAAAGUUCGCUUCAGGUUAAGUACGUUUCAAUUUAAGAACUCCAUGGACUGUCUAGAACGGAUUAAUCCACUUUCCAUUACUUUCAAUGGUCUUUAAGGUGCUACUGAAGGAAUUUUUUUAUUUUACUUCGACCCAGACCAACACGGCUACCUACCUGUAACCAUUUCAAUGGGAAAGUUCGCUUCAGGUUAAGUACAGACUUCCGGAACCAAUUGUGUUUGUAAACCAAGGUACCAGUGUACUGCAUAUAUUUCAGUUUCCACCAGCAUUUCCAUAGUCCCCCAUUUUCAUUUGUUUCCCUCUGUGACUUCAACAUUUCCAGAAUUUUUACAUUUCUGUCAGUAUAGUUUCUCAUUCUGCUUGGCAAAUUAAGAAAUCUGGCUCCUGAUCCACAGUGUGGACAUCACUAUGUUGUAUUGUACAUGCUUGAGUUCUCAUCCUAUAAGAAUUCUGAAUAAUACAAGCCACUUAAAAAGGGAAAGGGGGAAAAAGAAGUGAAGCAGACUUGCAGAGAGAUAAAAGAAUGUGGGCUAUGUUAAGAUAGGGCCUUUCCACACAAUGAGAGGCAAAAUGUUUCCUAACCGCAUCUCAUCCGUUGUAAGAUUUUUCUACAGUAUUCAAUCCGGCAAUGGAUUGAUGAUUGAUGUCCCUUCAAUGUGAUGUGGGGCUCGGGAGGGAGAGAGAAUAACUGCUACUAUUUCUGUCUUCCGCCUUCACUUUCCAAAGAGUGUUAUCUUGUGCAACUUCCAAAGAAUUUAAGAUUUUUGAACCCCAAACAUUUAAAACCAUGGGGCAGUCAGGGUUAGGAAGUAAAUAAAAGAAGAUCACACAGUGGUGCAAAAAUGUGAAGUGUCUGUAAUACUUGCACACCUGCAUUUUCCACAUCAACCACUUAUUUAUAUACCGCUUAUAUGACAAAUUUCUAAGUAGUUUUCAACUAUAAAAAGUUAAAAAACACACACACUUAAAACCCCAGUUAAAACUGUAAAAUCAGAAGUUCAAUUCAGUGGACUGCUUAUCUAAGCUGAUGGGGCCUCCUGUUAACAGGGAAGGCAUUCUAUUGCUGCCAACCAUGUUAUGGUAUGCCCUCCCUGUUGAAAUAUGAAAAAGCCUCCAUCCGUUACCUCAUGUAAUUGUCAGGCCACAGCAAAACAAACCAAGUUCUAUUAGAUGAUUGUAGUGCCCUUACCAGACAGUGAAGAGGAAGGCAGUUUUUCAGGUAAUCUGGUCUACGGUUAUUUAGGGCUUUAUAUGGAAGUACUGCAAGCUUAAAAGUGGCUUGAUGGUUAUAGGCAACCAGAGCAGAUCCCUCAGCCCUGGUGUGACACGUGCCUGAUAAAGAGCACCACUUAGCACCCAGGCUGCAGUAUUCUGCAUCAGCAGUAGUCUCCAGACCAACUGCAAAUGAAGCCUCACACAGAGCACAUUACAGUAGGCCAAAUGUGAGGUUGCCAGUGCUUGUGUCACAGUGAUCAAGAUGCCCCUGUCUAGGAAAGGGUGCAGCUGACGUAGCAGCUGAAACUGAUAAGUGCUCUUUGCCACAGACCACCUGGCCAAAAAUAAUUCCAAGAACAUCCCUGAGCUGCAUACCUGUUAUUUUUCAGUGGGGGUGUAAGCCCAUCUAGGUUCUCCAAUUCUCCAAUCUGGAAAUCACUUAACCACAGUGCUUCUAUCUUGGCAGGAUUCAGCUUCAGUCUGUUUGACCCUCAUCCACUUCACUACUGCACCCAGGCCCUAAUUCAGCUCAUUGUUUCUAUAAUGCAUGUUCCCAGAUAUAAAAUACUGCACUGAGUGCUUGGAAAAUAAAACAUCUGCACAACAAGAGCAUGGUUUUGAGAGAAGAUGGGUGAUACAGUACAGAUGAUAAAUAGAUCAACAAAUUAAGUGUGUGGAAAGGCACUGAGAACCUCAUUAGAUUGUGUUGAAACCAUUCUGCAAAUGGAAGAGCUUCUGUACAUGGAAAUGACUCCAGCAGAGACUCCCUGGAGGAGAGGAAAUGCUGCAAUUUUUGGUAUCCUUGUUCCCCUGCAUCACUUUCCACACUUGUUCUGGAAGGGCAGAGACUUUCACGUAAGGAUAUUGUUACCAUCGGAUCUUCAGUUGAAAAAUGCCAGGAUACAGUGUAGCUGGUAUUUGAAAAAGUUGUUGGAUGGAUACCAGCAAAUUCUAAAACAGCGGUUGCAGCAUUCUUCGGAUCUAGUCAGUUUCAUGGUGGAGUUGAAGACUGUUUUGGAAGUUGCUUUGAAAAACACACAAGAAGUUCAUGCGCCUCCGUCUCCACACUAUUACUCUGGUGUCAUCGGAGAUAUACAAACUUUGGGAUGGAAUAAGGUUGUUUUUGUAGAUCCUUGUUUUAGUACCAUCAGGUUAAAAGCAGAAGAUUCCUGUGGCCGGGAACAUCUAAUAACAUUGAAAUUAAAUCCAAAGUAUCCCACAGAACCACCAGAUUGCCUUGUGGACUUACCAGUUCAGUUCACUUUCUCCUGGAUUCCAGAGAGCUCCUUAUUAAGCAUUCACAGUCAGUUCUUGGCAGCAUUGGAAUCAUUGAAGGAGUUUUGGAAUGCUCUAGAUGAAAUUGAUGAGAAGACCUGGGUACUUGAGCCAGAAAAUCCCACACGGAGUGCCACAAUGCGAAGGAUUGCCGUUGGAAACAACAUUUCAAUUAAUAUAGAUGUAGAUCCCAGACACCCCACCAUGCUUCCUGAGUGUUACUUUUUUGGAGCAGACCACGUGGUAAAUCCCUUGAAAGUAAAGUUGAACAGCAACAUACACCUGUGGGAUCCAGAACUCAGUUUACUACAAAAUUUGAAAGAGGUUUUAGAAAUUGAUUUUCCAUCUCGAGAAGCUCUAGAAAAAUCUGACUUCUCUAUGGAUUGCGGAAUCUGCUACGCUUACCGUCUUGAUGGGACUAUUCCAGACCAAGUCUGUGACGACCCCCGCUGUGGCCAGCCUUUCCAUCAAGCUUGUUUAUAUGAGUGGCUGCGUGGACUUCCUUCCAGUCGGCAAAGUUUUAAUGUCAUAUUUGGUGAAUGUCCAUAUUGUAACAAGCCAAUAACACUGAAAACGUCUAUGAAGAAAGUCUGAAGUGGAAUUUCAGAAGCCUGUAACUAUGUAUAUGUACAGUCUUAAGAAUGCUAACACAUUAGACAUAAUAUCAAAGAAAAUACACAGAAAGCAGUAUUAA